AUGGACUUCGAGCCGUCGACCUGCGACGCGGCGCUGGACGAGCACGCGACCUUCGACGCGUGCCUGGCGUGGAUCCUCGGCGGCGGCGAGUACGAGGGAAGUCGGCCUAAACGGCCGCCGCUGAACGCGCCGCAGCGGCUCGCGGCCGAGGCCAUCGCGGGCCGCGGCACGUGGCGCCGCGGCGGGCCGCCCCUCGUCGUCUUCGGCCCGCCGGGCACGGGCAAGACGGCGACGGUCGUCGAGGGCAUCCGGCGCCUCGUGGCAUCGGACCCGGGCGCGCGGGUCCUGGCGUGCGCGCCGUCGGACGAGGCCGCGGACCUGCUCGCGCGGCGGCUGGCGGCGGCCGAGGUCGCCAAGUACGCCAUCGUCGUGGCGACCUGCGGCGCCGCGGGGCUGCUGCUCUGCGGCGGCCUGCGGGGCACCUUCACGCACAUCCUCAUCGACGAGGCCGCGCAGGCGUUGGAGGCGGAGGCGCUCGUGCCUUUGGCGACGUGCGGGCCCGCGACGCGCGUCGUCCUCGCGGGCGACCCGAACCAGCUCGGCGCCGCCGUGCGGAGCCCCUUCGCCGCGUCCAAGGGCCUGGGCACGUCGCUCCUCGAGCGGCUCAUCCAGCGCGCCGCGAAGGACCCGGCCGCGGCGCAGGUCGUCCGGCUCAGCGACAACUACCGCGCGCACGGCUCGCUGCUCGCGCUGCCGUCGAAGCUCUUCUACGACGGGAGCCUGCGGGCGAAGGCCGACGAGGCCGUGACGGCGUCGCUCCUGGGCUGGGAGAAGACCGCGCUGCUCUGCUGGGGCGUCAACGGGUCGGCCGCGCACGAGCUCGACAGCCCGUCGUACUUCAACGCGCUCGAGUGCGCCAAGGUCGCGCAGCUCGUCGAGUCGCUCCUCGCGUCCGACCGGGUGGCCUGCGACGUCGGCGACAUCGGCGUGCUCUGCGCGUUCCGGAAGCAGUCGCUGAAGCUCCGGCUGCUGCUGCGGCAGCGCGGGCUCGGCGCCGUGUCCGUGGGGCAGAUCUACGACUUCCAGGGCUCGGAGAAGAAGUGCGUCAUCGUCACGACGGUCCUCUCCGAGCUGCCGCGCUUCGCCGAGGGCGAGCUCUCCGACCACGCGCCCGUCGGUUUGCUCGACGCGCGGCGCUUCAACGUCGCCGUGACGCGCGCGCGCGCGCUCUGCGUCGUCGUCGGCCACCCGGGCCUCCUCGGCGCCGCGGCCUACUGGAAGGACCUCCUCGAGCACUGCAUCGACAGCGGGUCCUACCGCGGCGUCAGGCCCGAGGACCUCCUCGACGGCGCGGACGCGUGCGGCGACGACGACGCGCGCCACGUCGUCGACCUCAUCGCCGAGAAGAGCCUCCUCGGCCAGGGCGACGUCGACCGGCUCUACCCCCGGGACGCGGCGGCGCUCUACGUCGCCGAGGCGAGCUGGCGCAUCGUCCUGUAACUUACAGUGUAAGCC